UGCUCUUGCUGCUCCAAGUUAAAAACAGACUUUGUUUAUCUUAAUGCUCAAAUGUGCUCGGUCUCAGGAGUCCACCUGCUAGCCCUUUAGAGUCGUUCUCUCCACUGCUACUUUAAUCACUAAGCUAGUUCAUCUUGCCUGCUUUUGAGUUUUCCCUUUGCCCUGUUGGAACUAAGGAAGAUAAAGAACACGCGUGGGGGGACUGUUAUUCAGCCAAGUCUCGUCAUGGCGACCGAAGUGGACGCUCGGUCUUCGGCUCAACAGACAGACGAGACGUUUCCUCGUGAUGACAAGCAUGAAGAGGCGGAGCGUCCAUAUGAUGACGAGUUGAUUGAGGCGGAGGUGAAUGGCAACUGGACGCCCCAAGAAAAGGCCUUGCAUGAGGCGAGGCUCAAGGCCAAGGCUAAGCGGCGUGUGCGCAAGUCAUCAUCCCGCAAUUCUACCAGCGAGUCGCUUUCAGAGACAGGGGACAUUACUGGUGCUGACCCUAACAGUCCGAAAGGCAAAGUUGCCUCUAAUGAUCGCAAAUCCAGAACUGGGAAAGGCAGAGGCUUGCCUAAAAAAGGCGGAGCAGGCGGUAAAGGUGUCUGGGGUGCUGCUGGGCAGGUUUAUGAGGACGAGGAACUUGAUUUGCAGGAUCCAAACUAUGACGAAUCUGCUCAGGGAGACACUGUUUAUGCAAAAGUUGUUCCGGAAGUGGACAAGAGGGACCUGGGGAAAAUGGUCAACCCAAUUGUCCAGGAGUACUUUGAACAUGGAGACACCAAAGAGGUCCAGAUGCUGCUGCAGGAGCUCAACUUGGGAUCCCACAAAUACGAGUUCUCGUCGGUGGCCGUCUCCUUGUCUCUGGAAGGCAAAGCCAGCCACCGAGAGCUCACCUCCCGCCUGCUGUCCGAUCUGUCCGUCAAGGUGCUGACCCAAAGCGACAUGGCGCGGGCCUUUGACAAGAUGCUUAAAGAGUUGCCCGACCUCAUGCUAGACACUCCCGAGGCUCCUCAGAUGUUAGGCCAGUUUAUAGCCAGAGCCAUAGCGGAUCACGUCCUUCCAAUGUCUUUUCUGGACUGUUACAAAGGCAAAGUUGACUGUGACCAUGCCAGAGUGGCUUUGGACCGUGCUGCUGUACUGCUCUCCAUAAAAGGAGCAAUGGUGCGUCUGGAUAAUGUGUGGGGCGUGGGCGGUGGCCUCAGACCUGUCAAGCAUCUCAUCAAAGAGAUGAACCUUCUGCUAAAAGAAUACCUGACCUCCGGAGAUGUGCUGGAGGCUGAGCGUUGCCUGCGUGAACUUGAAGUUCCCCACUUCCAUCAUGAGCUUGUCUACGAGGCGAUUAUAAUGGUGCUGGAGUCCAAAGGGGAUGCAGCCAGCCCCAUGAUCAUCAAGCUGCUGGAGUCCCUUUGGAAGACGGGCCACCUUACCGUGGAUCAGAUGAACAGAGGCUUCCAGCGGGUCUACGAUGAGCUCCCCGAAAUAAACCUUGACGUGCCGCAUGCCCACACGAUCAUGGAGACCUUUGUGGACCUCUGCUACCAGCAAUCUGUCAUCUCCAAGCAGCUAAGAGAUGCAUGCCCCUCCAGAGGGCGCAAGCGCAUGGUAAGCGAAGGUGACGGCGGCAAGAUAAAAAAUUGAUUAAAAAAUUGAAAUGAUGAAGAGCAUUGUCAGGAGUAGGAGGAGGCUGGCUGGUUUAGCUUUGCGUCAGUUUCAUCUGGACAUGUCAGCAUGAAAUUCCUCCUCCUGAUGACAUCAUCACCGUGAUCAUCAUCUUUAUGCCACAGCGUUUUUGGUGAAAGUGAAACCAAUUCCAGACAAAAACUGGACAUGUUAAAAAAUAAAUAAAAAUGGAAGCCAGUUCCCUUCAUCUUGUUCAUCGCAGUUUUUUUUUUUUUUUUUUUUUGUAAAAAUGUUCAUUGUUUAUUGGGUUGAUCCACCCUUUCAUUUCAGCUUUUGUACUUUAUUUUCUUUUAAAAAUAACUCAUAGCUGUGAAAAGAGGGGAAAUGGACCUGCUAUUGGGGUGUUAAAUGGACAAUUUUUUUUUCAAUUGUCCCUGAGAUGGUUUUGUUUAACAGUGACACUUCACUGCUUUCUGUUUACAUGUUGACCAAAGUUUGAAUAUAAAAAAUCUUUUCAUUCAUUAAAAAAGGCAACAUGACUUUUGUGUUUUUAUUUGCAGCAUGUGUAUAUAUAAAGAGGUGCAUUAA